UAAGGGGAGAAUAAAUGCGCCGAUCGGUUGUUUUCUCGUUUGUCACCGCGAAUGUUUUCGUAUUAUAAAUCUUCCGUGUCUACCGAUCAAAACUAAAAGAAGCGCGAAGUUGAGUUCUUACGCACGCCGACCGCAACGUUUUAAGUUCGCUUGACGAUCAUCCGUCCACUUUGGCCGCCGACAGCUGUACCGUUUAUUUACUUCGUUCAGUGCACACGGUUUCCGACAUGUCGGCGUGAAUUAAUAAUCAUUAUCAGGCGGUAUUAAAAAUAAGAAUAAAUAAUAAUUCUUUCAAAACACGUUUUAUUCGAUCGGUUUUUUGUUGUUGGUUUGUACAUCAAUGUACAUCUACGUACAAUAAAACAAAAUUGAAUAAAAAUAAAAGUUUGUCUCUAUUAUCCCGACUGGUCGUUCAGCUAAUGUUACUGAAAUAAACGCAUGAAUCCGCAAUCUGGUACAUGGCCACAAAAAUCGAUGAGAACCCGAUUAAACGGUACAAACCUUCCAGUCCGACACCUCACUUGAGAUACCAAGAGAACGGAAAUAGUUUAAUAAUGGAUUCAGAUAUGGAAGUUUCAAUUGAAAACAAUUUUACAAGUGAAAAAAUUGUCAUUUUGGAUGCAGGUGCUCAGUAUGGCAAGGUUAUUGACCGUAAAAUUAGAGAAUUAAAUGUUGAAAGUGAUAUGUUGCCAUUAAAUACUUCAGCAAUAACAAUAAAAGAAAAAGGAUACAAGGCUAUUAUAAUUUCUGGAGGUCCUAAUUCAGUUAAUGCUGUAGAUGCACCAAUUUAUGACUCUGACAUAUUUAGAAUAGGAUUACCAAUUUUAGGAAUUUGUUAUGGCAUGCAAAUGAUGAAUAAAGAAUUUGGUGGUCAAGUUGCUGCUACUGUUGGUCGUGAGGACGGUAUUUAUAAUAUUGAUAUAGACUCCCAAUGUUUACUAUUUAAAUCAUUAAGUAAGACACAAAGUGUUCUUCUUACACAUGGAGAUCACAUUGUCAAAGUUGCUGAUACUUUUAAAACAAUAGCUUCAUCUAAUAAUAUGAUUGCUGCUAUUGGUAAUGACACUAAAAAAAUGUAUGGUCUUCAGUUUCAUCCUGAGGUGAAUUUAACUGAAAAUGGUACUCAAAUGCUUAAAUCAUUUCUUUAUGAUGUUGCUGGUUUAGCAGGAACUUAUACAGUUAAAAGUCGUGAACUAGAAUGUAUUAAAUAUAUUAGAAAUCACGUUGGUCAAAGUAAAGUUUUAGUAUUGUUAAGUGGUGGGGUUGAUUCUACUGUUUGUGCAGCACUUUUACAUCGGGCAUUAGAUCGAGAACAACUGAUUGCUGUACAUAUUGAUAAUGGUUUCAUGCGUUUGGGUGAAAGUGAACAAGUAAUGCAAUCGUUAAAUGCUCUUGGGUUAGAUGUUAAAGCUGUAAAUGCCACAUUUGAUUUUAAAUAUGGUACAACUAUUUUGCCUGAUUUACAUGUGUCUAAUCGAACUAGAAUUUCUUCUCCUUUGUGUCAAACUAGUAUUCCAGAAGAAAAAAGAAAAAUAAUUGGAGAUGUUUUUGUCAAGACUGCUGAUAAGUUCCUGAAAUUAUUAAAUUUAUCAUCUGAAGAAGUGUUCUUGGCUCAAGGAACUUUAAGACCAGAUUUAAUUGAAUCUGCUUCAAGAUUAGCUAGUAGUAAUGCAGAUACUAUAAAAACCCAUCAUAAUGAUAGCAAGCUUAUACGUGAAUUACGAGAUAAAGGACGUGUCAUUGAACCUUUAAAAGAAUUUCAUAAAGAUGAAGUUAGAAGGUUAGGAAUGGAUUUGGGACUGAGUGAAAGUAUUGUGUACAGACAUCCAUUUCCUGGUCCAGGUUUAGCAAUUCGAAUAUUAUGUGGAGAUGAACCUUUUAUUGAUAAAGACUUUUCUGAAACUCAAGUUGUAGUUAAAAUUGUUGUUGAAUACAAUGAUAUGGUUUUAAAGAGCCAUGCACUUUUAAAUAGAAUAGAAAAUGCAACAUCUGAAAAGGAACGAAAGUUGUUACGAGAAAUAUCAUCUAAACAGAAAAUGUCUGCUACACUAUUACCAAUAAAGAGUGUUGGAGUUCAAGGUGAUAAACGAUCUUAUAGUUAUGUAGUAGGAAUUUCUUGUACCGAACCUGAACCUAUAUGGGAAGACUUAUUUUAUAUGGCCAGAAUAAUACCUAGAGUUUGCCAUAAUGUUAAUAGGGUAUGUUAUAUUGCUGGUCCACCAGUUGUAUACCAAGUUUUAGAUAUAACGCAAACAUAUCUAAAUGUUCAAGUGAUAGAUUUGCUAAAACAAGCCGAUUAUGUUAUUAAUAAGGUUUUAACAGAAUGUCCUGUUAGUAUGCGCAAAGUAAGUCAGAUGCCAGUAAUUCUCAUACCUGUUCAUUUUGAUCGAGAUGUAGCAUAUCGUUAUCCAUCUUGUCAACGGUCAGUUGUUAUUAGGCCAUUUAUUACAGAAGAUUUUAUGACUGGUAUCCCUGCAUUGCCUGGAAAGCAUAUACCUGCUGCUCUUGUACAAAAAAUGAUGGCUGCUGCUCAAGAAAUACCUGGUAUAUCUAGAGUAUUAUAUGAUCUUACACCAAAACCUCCUGGUACUACAGAAUGGGAAUAGAAUAUAUUACAAUUCUGUUUUAAUAUUUUGAAAAUAUACUUAAGGAAUGAAGUUUUGCUAUCCUAUUGAGUAAAUAAGAAUAUUAAAAACAAUUGCUCAUUGGUGAUCAUCAGCAGUUAAAACCAAAAGAACCCUGUUAUUUUUACUAAUUUUUUUUCUAAAAUAGUUUUCAAUUGAUUAUUGUUUUUUAACUAUAUUUAUAUAUAACUCCUUUGAGCUAUGUUUAUUUUUUGACAAGGCAGUGAGUCUUGAUUGUUGUUUAUGUACUGAGUGAUUAUCAACAUAAAAUAAAUCCUUUAAAUAUUA